UAGGUAGUUUUUGAAUGUCGCGUUUUUCUCCUUUUCUUUCUGUUCCUCUCUCCCCCCUGUUGAAUGUAGGAAACCGAAACAUGACCAAAUCAUACAGCGAGAGCGGGCUGAUGGGCGAGCCUCAGCCCCAGGGUCCUCCCAGCUGGACAGACGAAUGUCUCAGUUCUCAGGACGAGGAGCACGAGGCAGACAAGAAAGAGGACGACCUCGAAGCCAUGAACGCGGAAGAGGACUCACUGAGGAACGGGGGAGAGGAAGAGGACGAAGACGAGGAUCUGGAAGAGGAGGAAGAAGAGGAAGAGGAGGAUGACGAUCAAAAGCCCAAGAGACGGGGCCCCAAAAAGAAGAAGAUGACCAAGGCGCGCCUUGAGCGUUUUAAGUUAAGGCGCAUGAAGGCUAACGCCCGGGAACGGAAUCGCAUGCACGGGCUAAACGCGGCUCUGGACAACCUGCGCAAGGUGGUGCCCUGCUAUUCCAAGACGCAGAAGCUGUCCAAAAUCGAGACGCUGCGCCUGGCCAAGAACUACAUCUGGGCUCUGUCGGAGAUCCUGCGUUCGGGCAAAAGCCCUGAUCUGGUCUCCUUCGUACAGACUCUCUGCAAGGGCUUAUCCCAGCCCACCACCAACCUGGUUGCCGGCUGUCUGCAGCUUAAUCCUCGGACUUUUCUGCCUGAGCAGAACCAGGACAUGCCUCCGCACCUGCCUACCGCCAGCGCUUCCUUCCCUGUGCACCCCUACUCUUAUCAGUCGCCAGGGCUGCCCAGUCCGCCCUACGGUACCAUGGACAGCUCCCACGUCUUCCACGUUAAGCCGCCGCCGCACGCCUACAGCGCUGCGCUAGAGCCCUUCUUUGAAAGCCCCCUGACUGAUUGCACCAGCCCUUCCUUUGACGGACCCCUCAGCCCGCCGCUCAGUAUCAAUGGCAACUUCUCUUUCAAACACGAACCAUCCGCCGAGUUUGAGAAAAAUUAUGCCUUUACCAUGCACUAUCCUGCAGCGACCUUGGCAGGGGCCCAAACCCACGGAUCAAUCUUCUCGGGCGCCGCUGCCCCUCGCUGCGAGAUCCCUAUAGACAAUAUCAUGUCCUUCGAUAGCCAUUCACAUCAUGAGCGAGUCAUGAGUGCCCAGCUCAAUGCCAUCUUUCACGAUUAGAGGCACUUCAGUUUCACCAUCCCCGGGAAACGUACCCACUGUGCUUACAGUGACUGUGGUGUUUACAAAAGGCAGCCCUUUGGGUACUAUUGCUGCAAAGUGCAAAUACUCCAAGCUUCAAGUGAUAUAUGUAUUUAUUGUCGUUACUGCCUUUGGAAGAAACAGGGGAUCAAAGUUCCUGUUCACCUUAUGUAUUAUUUUCUAUAGCUCGUCUAUUUUAAAAAAGUAAUACGGUAAAAAAAAAAAAAUGCACCACAAAUUUGGUGUAGCUGUAUUCAGAUCAUAUUAAUUAUCUGAUCGGGAUAACAA